AAUUGGUGAUUUUUCUUCAGACGAAUUCGUGAGUUUGAUUGUUUCAUACUGAACAAAACGAUUAUUCGUUAGUUUGAUAGGAAGAAAUCAAGAAGAAGAACAACGUAUUGUUAAUUUUCUCUCAAUUCGUUGAGCUGUAUUCAGCAGUUUUUCAGAUCUGACGAGUUUGUGAAGACGCAUAGAUGAACAACAAAUAGGUUGAAGAGCUGAAAUAACAUAUUUUGUUGAAUCCGAGAAGAAGAAGCUCAAAUAUAGAAGAGGAAGUACCAACAUUUUGUUUCUGAAGGAGAAGAGCAACAAUCUAGGUUGUCAUGGCUGUUGUUAGUUGCGCUGCUGUUAGUUGCAUUGCUCUUGUCCGCUAUUUUUCUGAUUUCAUUACCCUGCGUGUUAAUACUGAUAUCAAACUUGAAGAGUUCAAGGAACAAGUUUGCAGGGAAUAGAAGCAUUUUACUCCACUUGGUAUUAAUUUCUUCUUCCGAGAAGCUGGGAAAGAUUUUCCGCUUGACUGUGAUUUUUCAUUGCAAGCUCUUAUAUCCAUCACAAAUAGUAAACAGAAGACCAGUGUUGAUAUUUUCUUGCAAAAUGUUCGUCAUGUGGCCUCUUCCUCCAGAUCUAGGGGAGAUUCUUCUAUUUCUAGUGGGUCUAGUAGUAUGUCUUCAUCCAGAAACAAUCGUACUGUUGCAAUGUAUUUUGAAGAUAAAAGCAAGCCUGCGAAACCUUUGUUAUCUGAUGGUUGGCCCAAGGUUCUUGGUGAGAUUUGUCAUGUGUUAGUUGAAGGAGUUAAGCAAGUCAGGGUUGCUUUCACCAAGUAUCGUCUUCGUACUGGUUUCAAAAUGAUUGUAACUCACAAUGAGCGUUCUAGGUUCACGGCUAAGUGCGAAGAUGAAAAAUGCGGCUGGAAAUUCCAUGCAGCUUCUAUCGAUGAGAGGAACGAAAUGUUUCAGGUCAGGUCUUAUAACCCUGAGCACAUUUGUGGUACUGGUGCGCGCAACUUGAACCAAACAUACUCUACCAGCUUCUCGUAUAGUUUGAUUGAGGAAGAAGUUCGGAAAAAUCCUCACAAGAAGCCCAAGCAAAUUGCUGCUGAUUUCCAGACCAACUAUGGGAUUAACAUGGAGUACUAUCAGGCCUAUAAUGCUAGGGAAAAGGUUUAUGAGAAUAUUUUUGGCGACGAUGUGAAGUCCUACUCGCACUUGGCAUGGUAUAUUGAUGUUAUAAGGGAUACCAACCCUGGUAGUGUGAUAAUGUUUGAACGUGAAAAUAAACAGUUCCAACGGAUCUUCAUCACAUUUGCUGCAUGCAUCAAAGGUUACCGGUUUUGUCGUCCAAUGGUGUACUUGGAUGCUACUUUCCUUACUGGUACAUUCAAAGGUUGCUUGAUGGUAGCUAAUGGGAUCAAUGGUGGUAAAGGAUUUUCCCCCCUUUCUUUUGCACUAGUCGAUUCUGAGACUGUCGACACCUGGGAGUGGUUUUUAAGGAAUUUGACUGAAGUUGUUGGUGAUGGGAGGCCAAUCAUCUUCCUUUCGGAUCGCCAUGAAGGACUCUUGCAGGGUGUUCUACUUGUCUAUCCAGAUGGGUUCCACAGCUUCUGCUACUACCAUUUGACGAAAAAUAUACCCAUCACUGCAACAGAUCCUAGGUACUCGCUGGUGAUGAACCAUUUCAGAGAGGCGACAUACGCACUCUCACCUGAAAAACAUGCGAAAGCCAUACAAAAGAUUAGAGACUUGAAAUGCGAUUGGGUGGCUGAUUACAUCGAGACCAUCCCACCUGAAGCAUAUGCGAAUGCCUAUUUCAAAGGUUGUCGGUAUGGACGAACAUCUAGUACUCUAGCAGAAUCAAUCAAUAGCUGGGUUGUGGUUGACAAGAAGAUGCCUGCAUCUGCUCUUCUUGAUCAGAUUAGGAGGAAAAUAAUGGGUUUGAUGGCAGAGCGUCGUGAAAUUGGCGCCAACAUGAUGACUCUAUUAACCCCUGAGUACGAGGAAAAGCUUGCGGCUCUUCAAGAUGAAGGCUUGGCUUGGGAAGUAUUGGUUGCUAGUCCUACCGUGUUUGAAGUUCUUAGCGAAAGGUCUCACAUGGUGGACCUCGAACACGAGAGUUGCACCUGUCAAAGGUGGCGCGUAUACGGUUUUUCUUGUGCUCAUGCUCUUGCAUCCAUACGGAAUAUUAAACGUGAGGCUAUUGAUUUCAUUUCACCAUAUUUCACAAGUGACUAUUUUAGGAAGACUUAUAUGCAUGUCAUCCAACCGAUUCCCAACUACAACAGGCCUGCUGAAUAUCAUCCAUACAACACCGUCAUCCCGCCUACCGUGAAGAAGCAACCAGGUAGACCCCCAGUAAAGAGGAUUCUAAGUAAAUGUGAGAAGAAGGUGAAGAGGAAGGUUCAUUGCAUCAACUGCAAGGAAACAGGUCGCAACAAGGCAGGUUGCAGGAAUCCUCGGAAGUUCACACCCCACUAGCUUGAGCCGACCAAAGUUCAUUUCUGCAAGAAAUGAUUUGAUGUAUGGAUUCUUAUUUGUCUUUGAUUAUUUGUUUUUUAGUUUUCUUCAUGUUGUUUUCAUGGACCAAACUUUUUUAUUUUUCUGCAACGUUGAUUAUGUGCAAGGAUCAUUCAUUCA